CACCCUCGAGCUAAAGUUAUUUGUACGACAAGACAACCUAUUCAAUCUGGGCCGCCGCAGUUCUAACUCUCAUAACUCCCAACCGCCACCGCUCAUAUCGACGAAAUUAAGAAACAGAAUCUCCCAGAACUCCAAAGUCCGAUUUCAAUGGAAGAGGACGAUGGCACGAAGCAGCUGAGCAUAUACAGGGCGGCGAGGACAAUAAAACGACGGCAGAACACCCUCUACAACGCCCUCAAAUCAAUCUACGACGACUCAAUCUUUGUCGGAGAAAUCUCCCAGCUCUGGCCGGACCUCCCUCUCCUCGCCAACCUCCGCUGCGGCCUCUGGUAUUCUCCGACUGCCAACUUCCACUCCACCUGCUACUUCAAAUCCACCGACGGCCACACCAACAACUGGUCCUUCAACACCUCCCGCCUCAACCUCCACGUCGCCCAACUUGCCGGACAGAAAGGAGGGUGCUUUAUUGUGGAUGCGACUCGGAAGGGGAAGCGAUUUCCGGAUAGUAUGUCGAAGACGAUUCCGAUUUGGACAUGUGUUUUGAAUCGGGCGAUUUAUAGGCAUUUGAAGAAAGAUCAUCAGAGUGAUUUGUUCAAUGAUGAGGAGCUAAGUACUUCUGGUGAACAUUCUGAAGAGAAUGGACAGACCAAUUUUGAUUGGGAUUGUUCCUUGCAUCUUCCUCUUUGGGUUUCAGAAACAGAGAAGGCAUCUAUCGAGGAUCGAUUAGACGAAUGGACUCAACAGUUGGAAGCCAGCGGUGCUGACAUUGCCUCUCUUGCUUCUUUAUUGAAAAAGCCGCUGCGCCCUCUGUGGAUAUCACAAAAGACUGUGAUUUGGUUGAAUGAAGUUCCGGACCAUGAAUCCUGGGAUUUCACACCCAUCAUUCUUGUUUCUGCCUCUGCCUCUAAUGGUGUUGUACCACACAGGACUAGUUCGGAAUUUAGCUGGAAUUACAUAGCAGGAGCCGGUGAUGAUGAAGAAAGCUGGGCAAAGGGUUUAACACCCACCCUCUUCUGGAACCAUGCCUAUGAUAUUAUCGAUGUGGGGCCUGUUUUGUGUAACCAGAUGGUAGCUGAUAUAGUUGAGAAGGAUCGUGUUUAUCGUGCUCGAAGGGGACAAAUUGCUCCUCAAGUUUCUGUCAAGGCCCCAAAUUUGGUAGAAAACUCAGUUCAUUGUUUGCUCGGCGACUCGUUGUUGCCUUUGGAUAUUUCAAACACGAAUAUGGAUUUAAAUCCUUGUGAUGAAGAUUGUCCUAUGUCAUGGAUGGGUUCAACUGGCCUUGCUGUAGGCAUAUCUCCAACCAGUAUGUUCAAAAUUACUCAUGCUGCAGUAUCUAAAGUUGAUUGCAUAUUGAAUUGUGAUCAAGAGUCAAUCCCUGUUUCUCAUCGGAAUGCUAAAGCAUAUAUGCAUCUUCCUAUGGUGACAUCAAAGUUUGAUCGGUUUUCCUUGUUGAAUAAUCUCCCUUCUGCUGUGAACUUUGCAAAGUUGAAUCUAAGUGAAGGGAAGACCCUCCUAAUUUGUUGCCACAACGGGGAAGAUAUCAGCGUAUGUAUAUGUCUGGCAAUCUUGACUUCAUUAUUUGAUGAUAGAGGAACCUUUGAUGGUGGAAGCUUCUUCAGUGAGACAUGCAUUACAAAAUUAGAAAUGCGGAGAAGACUCGUAACUAUCUGUAAAUAUGUAGUAAAUGCAAGGCCUUCAAGAGGAAACCUGAAGCAAGUUUUUGGUUUUCUUAAUGGCGGAAGAGCUGUCGUGGAGAACGGGCCUGCUUAGACCUUCACUCACAGAAUUAGUUUGACUAAAUUAGCGAAGCAUUUGUGCCGAAAAUAAGCAAGUUGCAUCGUUUCUGGGCCACAGCUUCAAAGCUUACUUUAACAAGUCCAUUUGGGUGUGAUCUGUUGCAAUUUUGAGAGGGAGGCAACUCAUCAGGCAUGGAGCUGUAUAACCGAGUAAUCAUUGUAACAAAGAGAAAGGAACUUUGAGAACAAAGAAGAUACGAGGCUCCCAGUGGGAAGAGGAGAGUUACGUUCAUUCACUUUCAUUCGUUUCGCACUCUCUUGCAUUCUUUAGUAGCUGCUAAAUCCAUGGCAGAACAUGUUUGUUGUAAGUCCAUGGAUAUUUUUGUUGCAAGUCUUCAUUAACGACUCUGGGAUUUCAUUGAAUCGCUUUGAGGUUGAGCUGUCUAUGAUAAAUGUGAAGUGUAAACCCUAGUUCUUUUGAUAUACAAGAUAAAACAUAUCUUAAGAUUUAUUUCACCCAAUGUCAUAUGUUUGAUUUCCCCCUUCUCACGGUAUCGCUUGUAUAUUAAAACAUGGAAAUGUCGGAAAAUUAUGGUA